AACAAAUUCUGACCAACAACUCCCCCCAACUGAGCAGCGUGCGAUGUCCGCACAAUGUCUAGCGCUGAUACACCGACGCUAGAAGAGAUAACUGAACUAACGCGCAGCGAACUAAUCCUCAAACAGGGCGACGACGACGACGACGACCCAAUCCAGGAAUGUGGCUGCGCGCCCCUCGAUCUGCUUCCCCGCGAUCCGGAUAUGUGCUUGCAAGUCGCGUAUCAGCACUUGCAUGAUGUGCCGUAUAAGGAUGUCAAGACGUGCUGGCGCAGGUACUACGCAGACGCUGCGCUGUACAAGGUGCUGGAUGUAGUGGGGGAGCGGAAAGACACAGGGAAGGUGGAAGGAGAGCAUGGAGACGAGGGAUGCGAAGAAGAGGAGGAGGAGGGGGAGGAGGACUGGGCUACCAGGGUGGUCAAGAUACUGGAUAUGACGCUUAUCUUGACCGGGGCGCCGCGGAGGGAAGAGCUUGUGGAAUUGUGGUUUGCGGCGUUGAGGGGUGUGCUUAGGGAGGAACGAGAAGAGGCUUCAGAGCGGCCGGCGAAGAGAAGGAAGCUCGACGACGUUCAUACAUCCGUAUCGAUGGAUGCUCGGAUCCCAGAAACCUUCCCUGUUACAAUCGCGUCACAACCCACUCUACGCUUCGCCAUCCCGCGCGUCUCAAACCUCAGCCUCGAAGCCUUCCAAUCCAAGAUCUCCAAGCCGGAUGCGCAGACGCCAGUGAUUAUUGAAGGAGCGAUAGAGCAUUGGCCUGCGCUGCAUGAGCGGCCAUGGAGACGACCAGCGUACCUACUAGAGAAGACUCUAGGAGGGAAACGGCUGGUGCCGGUAGAGAUCGGCAGGAGUUAUACAGACGAAGGGUGGGGACAGAAGAUCCUGAGCUUUGGAGAGUUCAUGGGGGAGUACAUGUUGCAAGACGAAGGCACAUUAGGCAAUGAGGAAGAAACUCCGCCGAAGAACGCCAACGGUCUAAAAGCGGACCACGCGCCGCAACACUCCCCCGACGACCCAUUAUCAUCGAGCCAACAGACAAUGCCGCCUUCCAUUAUCAUUCCGGAAGAACCUCCACAGACAGGCUACCUAGCGCAACACGACCUUUUCGCCCAAAUCCCGUCCCUCCGCGCCGACAUCUCCAUCCCGGACUACUGCUACAGCGAACCCGCCGCUCAGCCCAGCAACCUCUCCAAUGUAAAACCCGUCCCAAAGCUCGAAGAACCGCUCCUUAAUGCAUGGUUCGGCCCCGCAGGCACCAUAUCCCCGCUCCACACCGACCCCUACCAUAACAUCUUAGCGCAAGUGGUGGGGUAUAAGUACGUGAGGCUCUAUGCGCCGGAGCAGACGGAGAGAAUGUAUGCGAGGGGCGUGGAGGAGAGUGGGGUUGAUAUGAGUAAUACGAGUCGGGUGGAUUUGGAUGUUGCUAUGAGGGUUUGGGGGGAGGUGUCGUGCUGGGGAGAACAGAAUCGCGAGGAGGGGGAGAGGGAGGAAUACGAGGAAGCGUAUCCGGAGUUUAGGAAGGCGGAGUAUCUUGAGGGCGUGCUGGGUCCGGGGGAUUGCUUGUAUCUUCCUGUUGGGUGGUGGCAUUAUGUGAGGAGUUUGACGCCGAGUUUUAGCGUGAGUUUUUGGUUUAAUUGAAUGAGGUAGUCACAGUAAUUCGUUCCUAGCGAGGCAAGGGAAUGUCUAUCCAGAACUGACGGCUAAUGUUGACCCUCUCACGCGGCGAGGAGAAUACUACGCCGGGGGUCGUGCCUGAAAUCAGCUCCACCAU